CCCACCCGAGACAUAACCGGAACAAGUCCCGCGGAUCUUCCAAGUUUGGACCGGGCGAAGUCCGAACCUCCUCCUGCUCUUCGUCUUCCUCCUCCUCGGCUUCUCGAACCCAGCAUCUUCACAGGCUCGCACAGCGAGUCUGUGAGCAGUUGAGAGAGGGACACUGUCUGCCCCACUGUCCAGCGACACCAUGAGCUGGAGCUUCCUCACGCGGCUGCUGGAGGAGAUCCACAACCACUCCACCUUCGUGGGGAAGCUGUGGCUCACCGUGCUCAUCGUCUUCCGCAUCGUCCUCACGGCCGUCGGAGGAGAGUCCAUCUACUACGACGAGCAGAGCAAGUUUGUGUGCAACUCGGGGCAGCCGGGCUGUGAGAACGUCUGCUACGACGCCUUCGCCCCACUGUCCCACGUCCGCUUCUGGGUCUUCCAGAUCAUCCUGGUGGCCAUGCCGUCUCUCAUGUACAUGGGCUACGCCGUCAACAAGAUUGCGCGAUUGGAUGAAGCUAAGGGAGGAGUCGGAGCUGUUGCUGUGAGACCCGUCGGAGGGGGCUACACGCACCGGAAGCCCAGGAAAAUCUGCUUCGGGGCGCGGCAGCACCGGGGCAUUGAGGAGACCGAGGAGGACCGCGAGGACGAUCCCAUGAUCUAUGAGGUGCCAGAGAUGGACCCUCCCAAAAGACCUCGAGAUCCGCUGCAGCCUACACCCAGACCUAAGAUCCGCCAUGACGGUCGCACGCGUAUCCGGGAUGAGGGUCUGAUGCGGGUUUACGUUCUGCAGCUGGUGACACGCACGGUUUUAGAGGCGGGCUUCCUGACGGGCCAGUACUUGCUGUACGGCUUCCGCGUGACGCCCGUGUUUGUGUGUUCGGGGAAACCAUGCCCCCACAGCGUGGACUGCUUUGUGUCGCGGCCCACCGAGAAGACCAUCUUCCUGCGCAUCAUGUACGGCGUCACCGUGCUCUGCCUGGUGCUCAACAUCUGGGAGAUGCUGCACUUAGGCAUCGGCUCCAUCUGCGACAUUCUGCGUCGCCGCCGCUGCCCUCCUCAGGACGACGAGUACCAGCUGGGCCUGCUGGGCACCAAUGUGGGCGGAGACGGGUCGGUAGGGGUGGCCGGACCGGAGGCAGGUUCCGAAGGCGGGGACGGUGGGGAUGGACCUGCCGAUUAUGUGGGUUAUCCCUUCUCCUGGAACACCCCGUCGGCGCCGCCUGGCUACAACAUCGUGGUGAAGCCCGAGCAGAUGCCCUACACCGACCUCAGCAACGCCAAGAUGGCGUGCAAGCAGAACCGGGCAAACAUCGCCCAGGAGGAGCAGCAGCAGUUCGGCAGCAACGAGGACAACUUCCCCACGGGGGGCGAGGCUCGCGUGGCCCUCAACAAGGACAUGAUCCAGCAGGCUCACGAGCAGCUGGAAGCCGCCAUCCAGGCCUACAGUCAGCAGCACCGGGCCGAGGAGACUCUGGGGGACAACCAGGACGACAAGCCUCAGAGUAACAUCAUCAUCCAGACCCAGCCGCCGCCUCAGAAGGAGCGCAAGCACAGACUCAAGCACGGCAAAGGAGGCAGCAGCGGCGGCGGCAGCAGCAGCAACAGCAGCAGCAGCAAAUCAGGAGAAGGCAAACCGUCGGUAUGGAUUUAACCCCGAUGCAAACCAUGCAGUGUACAUACCACUUGUCAACACCGCCGUGCCUUAAGGAGGAACUGCACUAUUUUUGGAAUUGUGUCUGUCAUUCACAAUCCAUACGUAAGACAAAAACACAUUUAUUUUUAUUUUUUUAAUGCAUUCUAAAUUUUAAGUCCCGCCUCUAAAGCUCUCUAAUCAUCGUCCAUUGACUUAUAUACAUGCUGUAAGUAUGUAUGUAAUGUAGUAACAGGCACAUUCAUAAUAACAUGUAAUAUUAGGAAUUUUGCUCAUUUUAAGCAUACGGCGGCGUAUUAAUUUCCCAAACACAUCACAACGUUCACUUUUCCCUUCAACAACAACACUACUAAUCAUGAGAGACAAGAACGAUUACUUUGGGACAAACGGCGAUCCGGAACCUUAUAUUUUUGAACCUGAAUAUAAGGAGGAAAAAAAUACAACUUUUAGAAGCUGAGUCAUACGCAGAUCCAGCUUUAGCAGCAGUAUUGCUGAGUCUAAAACAAGAUUUUGGAAACUACGAACAUAAUAGAACAAUCACUUACUGUACCAUGUCUGCUCUCACUGGGAUGCAGAGUAAUUGGAUGUUCAUAUCUUCCUGUUUAGAUGAAGAAUUCAUCCUAAUCCCAAUGCAAGUUUAAAAAAAAAACAGGUGCCGCAAACAAGUGUUUUUUGUGUGUUUCUCGCCAUCUAAACUGAAGGUCAAAGUUGACCAGCGAGUACUUUAUGUCAACAAUCUUCUACUAUUCAGGUGAGAGGCAUGAUUUAUAAUCACAACGUUCACUUUUCCCUUCGACGACAACACUACUAAUCGUGCCAGACUUCAUGAGAGACAAGAACAAUUACUUUGGGACAAACGGUGAUCCGGAACCUUAUAUUUUUGAACCUGAAUAUAAGGAGGAAAAAAAUACAACUUUUACAAGCUGAGUCAUACGCAGAUGCAGCUUUAGCAGCAGUAUUGCUAAGUGUAAAACAAGAUUUUGGAAACUACGAACAUAAUAGAACAAUCACUUACUGUACAAUGUCUUCUCUGACUGGGAUGCAGAGUAAUUGGAUGUGAAUGUAUUCCUGUUUAGAUGAAGAAUUAAUCCUAAUCCUCGAUUUUUGUGUGUUUCUCGCCAUCUAAAUUGAAUGUCAAAGUUGACGAACUACUUUAUGUCAACAAUCUUCUACUAUCCAGGUGAGAGGCAUGAUUUAUAAUCUAGAAUUAACUUUCACCAACAACAAUAACAAUAACAAUAUCGCUAAUACUUGGCUAAUAUUAAGGACACGAGAUAUAAACGUAGUAUUGUUGGCUCUUUUUGGAUGGUUUUUUUAGAGAGCUUUAUGGGCAGAACAGUGUACUACCAUUAGCUGCAUUGUUAGCCACCUCGUACUUGUCAGAUUUAACAAGCUCGAAUGCAUAAAAAAAAGAAAAAUAUGUGCUCUUGUCUUACGUAAGGAUUGUGAAUGAUGGGCAAAAAAAAAAGAAGAAAAAAGAUGCAGGUCCCCUUUAAUUACCCAAUCCUGCGAGCUGGACAAGAUUGUGUACGCGAUGAUGCAGCUGACGCCUCGUCUGGGCCACCGCGGUCAAACUUGCAAAAAAACAAACAGAAGACAGUCUCUGGUACGCCCUUGGGUCCAUCGUCUGCCUUGUCCGACAGGAACAAACGAUUUCGGCUCUUUUUCCUUCGCAAAGACUCCCAAUUGCAAAAAGCGAUUAAAUGCAAUAAGAAAAGUGACUUUUUUUUUGUUCAACUGAGAGGAUUGCCGUCCGGUCUCACCUUACUGUGACUGUUUGUUUAUGUCCAUGUGUGUGUGUGUUUUGACAGGAGUGCUACUCCCGCUGCUGCUCGGGCCUUUGUUGUAGUUGUUCUUGUUGUUGUUGUUGUUGUUCCGAGAGAACAUGGUGCAUCCUCAACUUUAAUGUUGAGUUUCUCACUGUUGUUGAGCCCUGACUGCCUCACGCUGGGCACUGUGCGUAAUGCAACACACGCACAUAUAUGAGGGGCCGUUAGUGCCGUGUAUGUAAGAGUGUUUCAGUAGUGUGUAUAAGAGUGUUUCAGUAGUGUAUGUAAGAGUGUUUCAGUAGUGUGUAUAAGAGUGUUUCAAUAGGGUGUGUGAGAGAAAAACAUUUUAGUUGUUUAUGUGAGAGCAUUUCAGUAGUGUAUGUAAGAGAGUUUCAGUAGUGUGUAUAAGAGUGUUUCAGUGGUGUGUAUAAGAGUGUUUCAGAAGUGUGUGUGAGAGAAAAACAUUUCAGUUGUUUAUGUGAGAGCAUUUCAGUAGUGUGUAAAAUAGUGUUUCAGUAGUGUGUAUAAGAGUGUUUCAGUAGUGUGUGUGAGAGUGUUUCAGUAGUGUGUGAGAGAAAAACAUUUCAGUUGUUUAUGUGAGAGCAUUUCAGUAGUGUGUAUAAGAGUGUUUCAGUAGUGUGUAUAAGAGUGUUUCAGUAGUGUCAGUAAGAGAAAAACAUUUCAGUUGUUUAUGUGAGAGCAUUUCAGUAGUGUGUAUAAGAGUGUUUCAGUAGUGUGUGUAAGAGUGUUUCAGUAGUGUGCGUGAGAGAAAAACAUUUCAGUUGUUUAUGUGAGAGCAUUUCAGUAGUGUGUAUAAGAGUGUUUCAGUAGUGUGUAUAAGAGUGUUUCAGUAGUGUGUGUGUGAGAAAAAGAUUUCAGUUUUUUAUGUGAGAGCAUUUCAGUAGUGUGUAUAAGAGUGUUUCAGUGGUGUGUAUAAGAGUAUUUUAGUAAUGUGUGUGUGAGAAAAAGAUUUCAGUUUUUUAUGUGAGAGCAUUUCAGUAGUGUGUAUAAGAGUGUUUCAGUAGUGUGUAUAAGAGUGUUUCAGUAGUGUGUGUAAGAGUGUUUCAGUAGUGUGCGUGAGAGAAAAACAUUUCAGUUGUUUAUGUGAGAGCAUUUCAGUAGUGUGUAUAAGAGUGUUUCAGUAGUGUGUAUAAGAGUGUUUCAGUAGUGUGUGUGAGAGAAAAGCAUUUCAGUUGUUUAUGUGAGAGCAUUUCAGUAGUGUGUACAAGAGUGUUUCAGUAGUGUGUGUAAGAGUGUUUCAGUAGUGUCAGUGAGAGAAAAACAUUUCAGUUGUUUAUGUGAGAGCAUUUCAGUAGUGUGUAUAAGAGUGUUUCAGUAGUGUGUAUAAGAGUGUUUCAGUAGUGUGUGUGAGAGAAAAACAUUUCAGUUGUUUAUGUGAGAGCAUAUCAGUAGUGUGUAUAAGAGUGUUUCAGUAGUGUGUGUAAGAGUGUUUCAGUAGUGUGCGUGAGAGAAACACAUUUCAGUUGUUUAUGUGAGAGCAUUUCAGUAGUGUGUAUAAGAGUGUUUCAGUAGUGUGUGUAAGAGUGUUUCAGUAGUGUGCGUGAGAGAAAAACAUUUCAGUUGUUUAUGUGAGAGCAUUUCAGUAGUGUGUAUAAGAGUGUUUCAGUAGUGUGUGUAAGAGUGUUUCAGUAGUGUGCGUGAGAGAAAAACAUUUUAGUUGUUUAUGUGAGAGCAUUUCAGUAGUGUGUAUAAGAGUGUUUCAGUAGUGUGUAUAAGAGUGUUUCAGUAGUGUCAGUGAGAGAAAAACAUUUCAGUUGUUUAUGUGAGAGCAUUUCAGUAGUGUGUAUAAGAGUGUUUCAGUAGUGUGUGUGUGAGAAAAAGAUUUCAGUUUUUUAUGUGAGAGCAUUUCAGUAGUGUGUAUAAGAGUGUUUCAGUGGUGUGUAUAAGAGUGUUUCAGUAGUGUGUGAGAGAAAAACAUUUCAGUUGUUUAUGUGAGAGCAUUUCAGUAGUGUGUAUAAGAGUGUUUCAGUGGUGUGUAUAAGAGUGUUUCAGUAGUGUGUGAGAGAAAAACAUUUCAGUUGUUUAUGUGAGAGCAUUUCAGUAGUGUGUAUAAGAGUGUUUCAGUAGUGUGUGUAAGAGUGUUUCAGUAGUGUGUGUGAGAGAAAAACAUUUCAGUUGUUUAUGUGAGAGCAUUUCAGUAGUGUGUAUAAGAGUGUUUCAGUAGUGUGUGUGUGAGAAAAAGAUUUCAGUUUUUUAUGUGACAGCAUUUCAGUAGUGUGUAUAAGAGUGUUUCAGUAGUGUGUAUAAGAGUGUUUCAGCAGUGUGUGUGAGAGAAAAACAUUUCAGUUGUUAAUGUGAGAUCAUUUCAGUAGUGUCUAUUAGAGUGUUUCAGUAGUGUGUAUAAGAGUGUUUCAGUAGUGUGUGUGAGAGAAAAACAUUUCAGUUGUUUAUGUGAGAGCAUUUCAGUAGUGUAUGUAAGAGGUAAUUCUGAAUAAUGUCCCUAACGGCCCCUCAUACACACACACGUGUGAUUGAUGGAUCUUAAAGUCUUCCCAUGAGUUAAAGAGGGUUCAAAGCCAUUUUUGUAAAAAAAAAAAAAUAACAACAAAAAAAACAA